AUGAAUUCUUUCUUUUGGCAAGAAAUUCCAUGUUAACCUUAACCACAGGUGACCAUUUGAGGAUGCUGAUGGAUAAUGUAGUGAAGGGCAUUCCUCUGGGACAAUCUGUUGUUGGAAAGCUGUCACAGGAUAUUGUUGCUGCAUCAUCUAACCCCUCAGUUCUGGUUGAAAUCUUACCCAAAGAAUUGCUCGAAUGGAAGCUACAAAUGCUGAAAUCUGCUUCUGCAUAUUCCAACUCUCAUCUCCAUGCCACAAAAGCUGAAGUGCUAUUACUUUGCAGUGGAAGAGAUCAAUUGUUUCCUAGUGAAGAAGAAGGUGAAAGACUAUGCCAUGCACUCCCAAAUUGUGAGAUUCGAAGGUGGUAUUGAUUUGGUAACAAUCAUCAAGGGAACUAGCUUCUAUCAUUGUGGAAAAUACCAUGACUGUUGUCAGAUUACAUGCCACCUACACCUCCUGAAUUCUAGAAGUUAUAUGAAUCAAAUAGAUGGUUAAAUGCUGCUCUUAGCUCUGUGAUGCUCUCAACUACCGAGGAUGGGAAGGUGGUGAAGGGCCUUGCCAGGGUUCCAUUGGAGGGACCCGUCCUGUACAUUGGUUAUCACAUGUUACUGGGACUAGAAGUUAUUUCCUUGGUAUCUGAAUUUCUUACUCAGAGAAAUAUCCUCUUGCGAGGGAUAGCACAUCCAUUGCUGUUUGAAAGAUUGAGAGAAGGCAGGUUACCUGAUGUAUCAACCUUUGACUCAAUAUGAUUAAUGGGGGCAGUUCCUGUUUCAGGAACAAAUUUCUACAAGCUUAUGUCUUCAAAAUCUCAUAGCCUGUUGUUCCCUGGAGGGGUGGGCGCUGCUCUUCACAGGAAGUGAUCAAACGAAGAUACCUUACUUUAGGGAUUUUAUAGAAGAUUUGACAGAAGAGGCUGUGUUAUUGAGAUGGCAAGGUGUCAAACCAACAACUUUACCAACCAUGACUGGCACCAAGGUUUCCAGGAAUAUAUUAUUUUGAUUUUGGGAAACCAACUGAAACCCAAGCCAAACUCAUGUUUAUUUUAAAUUGGAAAGCAAACCCAUAGACCCAUAUUUUUGCAGCUUCAAUUGAUCUGGGUUCUUAUGAAGUCUUUUGGGUUGUUUUAUUUUGUUUUGUUUUCAUACAAAUUGGUUGGGUUCUUUCUUUCUUUUUCUUUUUGUUUGGCCAUCUUGAUUUCGUUUGUUUGUUUCUUUUUCAAUCUUCUUCUUUUUAUUUUAAUUUUUUUUAUUAAAUACAAAUUGAUUCCUUUG